GGCCCGGAGCAGCACGCACGGGCGGGAGCGCAGCCAGGCAGAGCCCUCGGAGCGGCGUGUGAAGCGGGAGAAACGCGAUGACGGCUAUGAGGCCGCUGCCAGCUCCAAAACUAGCUCAGGCGAUGCCUCCUCACUCAGCAUUGAGGAGACCAAUAAACUCCGGGCAAAGUUGGGGCUGAAACCCUUGGAGGUCAAUGCCAUCAAGAAGGAGGCGGGCACCAAGGAGGAGCCCGUGACAGCCGAUGUCAUCAAUCCUAUGGCCUUGCGACAGCGAGAGGAGCUGCGGGAGAAGCUGGCGGCUGCCAAGGAGAAGCGCCUGCUGAACCAAAAGCUGGGGAAGAUAAAGACCCUAGGAGAGGAUGAUCCCUGGCUGGACGACACUGCAGCCUGGAUCGAGAGGAGCCGGCAGCUGCAGAAGGAGAAAGACCUGGCAGAGAAGAGGGCAAAGUUACUGGAGGAGAUGGACCAAGAGUUUGGUGUCAGCACUCUGGUAGAGGAGGAGUUUGGGCAGAGACGGCAGGACCUGUACAGUGCCCGGGACCUGCAGGGCCUCACUGUGGAGCAUGCCAUUGAUUCCUUCCGAGAAGGGGAGACCAUGAUCCUCACCCUUAAGGACAAAGGCGUGCUGCAGGAGGAGGAGGACGUGCUGGUGAACGUGAACCUGGUGGAUAAGGAGCGGGCGGAGAAGAAUGUGGAGCUGCGGAAGAAGAAGCCCGACUACCUGCCUUAUGCCGAGGACGAGAGUGUGGACGACCUGGCGCAGCAAAAACCUCGCUCUAUCCUGUCCAAGUACGACGAAGAGCUUGAGGGGGAGCAGCCGCAUUCCUUCCGCUUGGAGCAGGGGGGCAUGGCCGAUGGCCUGCGGGAACGGGAGUUGGAGGAGAUCCGGGCCAAGCUGCGGCUGCAGGCUCAGUCCCUGAGCACGGUGGGGCCCCGGCUGGCCUCCGAGUACCUCACACCCGAGGAGAUGGUGGCCUUUAGAAGGACCAAGCGGAGGGUGAGGAAAAUCCGCAAGAAGGAGAAGGAGGUCGUAGUGCGGGCGGAUGACCUGUUGCCUCUCGGGGACCAGACUCAGGAUGGGGACUUUGGUUCCAGACUGCGGGGACGGGGUCGCCGCCGAGUGUCCGAGGUGGAGGAGGAGAAGGAGCCCGUGCCUCAGCCCCUGCCGUCAGAUGACACCCGAGUGGAGAACAUGGACAUCAGUGAUGAGGAGGAAGGUGGAGCUCCACAGCCGGGGUCCCCGCAGGUGCUGGAGGAGGACGAGGCGGAGCUGGAGCUGCAGAAGCAGCUGGAGAAGGGACGCCGGCUGCGACAGUUACAGCAGCUGCAGCAGCUGCGAGACAGUGGCGAGAAGGUGGUGGAGAUUGUGAAGAAGCUGGAGUCUCGCCAGCGGGGCUGGGAGGAGGAUGAGGAUCCUGAGCGGAAGGGGGCCAUCGUGUUCAACGCCACGUCCGAGUUCUGCCGCACCUUGGGGGAGAUCCCCACCUACGGGCUGGCUGGCAACCGCGAGGAACAGGAGGAGCUCAUGGACUUUGAACGGGAUGAGGAGCGAUCGGCCAACGGCGGCUCCGAAUCUGACGGGGAGGAGAACAUCGGCUGGAGCACAGUGAACCUGGACGAGGAGAAGCAGCAGCAGGAUUUCUCGGCCUCCUCCACCACCAUCCUGGACGAGGAACCGAUCGUGAAUAGGGGGCUGGCGGCUGCCCUGCUCCUGUGUCAGAACAAAGGGCUGCUGGAGACCACAGUGCAGAAGGUGGCCCGGGUGAAGGCCCCCAACAAGUCGCUGCCUUCAGCCGUGUACUGCAUCGAGGAUAAGAUGGCCAUCGAUGACAAGUACAGCCGGCGGGAGGAGUACCGAGGCUUCACACAGGACUUCAAGGAGAAGGACGGCUACAAACCUGACGUUAAGAUCGAAUACGUGGAUGAGACGGGCCGGAAACUCACACCCAAGGAGGCUUUCCGGCAGCUGUCCCACCGCUUCCAUGGCAAGGGCUCAGGCAAGAUGAAAACAGAGCGGCGGAUGAAGAAGCUGGAUGAGGAGGCGCUCCUGAAGAAGAUGAGCUCCAGUGACACGCCCCUGGGCACUGUGGCCCUGCUCCAGGAGAAGCAGAAGGCUCAGAAGACCCCCUACAUCGUGCUCAGCGGCAGCGGCAAGAGCAUGAAUGCGAACACCAUCACCAAGUGACAGCGCCCUCCCUCCCCGGCCCCGCCGCAACCUUCAUAUUAAAUAAAGCUCCCUCCUUAUUUUUUCCUCCCUGGUUGUGGUACAGAUUCCAGGGUUAGAUCCUUGGUUGGGUGUGGCA